AUGAGCAAAAAAGUUGCAUCACAUGCAUUGAAAAAUAAUGAUUUUGAGGAGUGGUGGAGUUCAAAUGAUAAAAGCCCAACUAGUUCUGGUGUGGGGCUCAUGAUUAAAAAAUCAAUAUCAAUAUACAUCCAAAAGGUCAAAGAAUCAAAUGGUAGAAUAAUUUAUGCAGACAG